AUGAGGGGAAGAAGAAGCAAAGAGCAUGUGAUCAUUAAACUUGAUAUGAAUAAAGCGUAUGACAGGGUGGAGUGGGAAUUUUUAGAGAGAGUUCUGCUAAAGUAUGGUUUCCAUGAGAGAUGGGUAAAGCAAGUAAUGGCACUAGUUACAGGAGUUACUUACAGAUAUAGGAUCAAUGGAAGCGUAGGGCAACGAGUUCAACCGCAAAGAGGUAUUAGGCAAGGGGAUCCUUUGUCCCCUUAUCUCUUUAUCCUAAUCAUGGAUGUUCUGUCCAACAUGAUCAUUAGAAGUAAGGUUGCGGGUGACCUAGAAGGUUUAAAACUCUCUAACAAUUCUCCGGCUCUAACCCAUCUUUUCUUUGCGGAUGACGCAAUCUUAUUUGGCAAAGCACAGGAAAAAGAGAUGCAGCAGUUCAAAAAAGUUCUCAAUUUGUUCUCUUUAGCCUCAGGGCAAAGGAUCAAUGUCUUGAAGUCUGGUCUCAUGGGGGGCAGUGGUGUUACAGAAACAGUUAAGAGAAACCUGGCAAAUACCAUGAACAUUCAAGUCUGGAACAGCCCUGGAGUCUACCUGGGUAUGCCUGCGGUCUGGGGCAGGUCAAAAACCAAUUCCCUCCAAUGGAUAAAGGAAAAGGUGCUUAAUAAAAUUCAAGGAUGGAAGAGCAGCCUCUUAAAUCAGGCUGGGAGAGAAACUCUCAUCAAGGCGGUGGUGCAAGCUUUACCAUCUUAUGCAAUGUCUAUACUGAAAUUUCCAAAGAACUUUUGCAGUCAAAUCUGCUCAAAGAUCGCAAGCUUCUGGUGGAAGGGAUCAAAGGAAAAAGGAAUUCAUUGGAAAAAGUGGGAGAGGUUAACCUACAACAAACAGGAAGGAGGCAUGGGCUUUAAGGACCUACAAAUCAUGAACCAAGCCUUGUUAGCGAGGCAGGCGUGGAGAAUACUCCAUGAACCAAAUGCUUUCUGGGUUCAAGUUAUGAAGGGUAUCUACUUUCCAAAUGAAGACUUCUCAACUGUUCGAAAGAAAAGGCAAGCAUCGUGGGGUUGGGCAAGUGUGAUCCAUGGGAGAGACCUCUUGAUAAAACAGGGGCAGUGGGCUAUUGGAGAUGGAACAAGAAUUGACUUGAGGAAUCAUAGAUGGGUGGCCUCUCGAGAGUUAUUAACUGAAGCACCAAUCGGGUUGAAAAGAAGAAACUGCUCUAGAGAUGAGGAGUGUCCUGUUUGCGGCUUUGAAAAGGAGAAUCUCCAACACAUUUUCUUUGAUUGUGCUUGGGUUAGACCAGUUUGGUUUGGAGGUGCCCUCCAUUUGCACUAUAGGGAGAGAGCUGGGGAAAAUUUUGCGGUUUGGCUGGAGGAAUCAAUUGCAAACUUUCCAAAAGAGCCUGAUUUACAUAUCUCUCUGGUCUCCUACCUGGGGUUCUCCUUAUGGGAAAUUUGGAAAAUGAGAAAUAACAAAACUUUCAGGAACAUCAGAACUGAUCCUGAAACUUGCAUAAAGAAGAUCAAUUUUGCACAUCAAGAAUUUCUCAGUAGCCGUGAGCCUCAGAGGAGUACAACAAAUUCAAGGAGAGCCCAACCAACCAGAAUUCAGGUUUGGAGAAGACCACCAAGGGAUUUUUUGAAAUGCAAUACUGAUGCAAGUUUCACAAAAUAUAACAGGAAGGCAGCAUGGGGUUUUAUUUUCAGAGAUGAACAAGGAAACACUACCUGCGGUUCAGCCCGGAUUCUACAUGCAUCUUCUACUCUCAUGGCUGAAGCCCUCACCCUUAGAGAAGCUGUCCUCAUGGCAAUUAACCUGGAUUUAAAGAAAGUAGUUUUUGAGUCAGACAGUCUGGAUCUGAUACAGUCUUGCAAAGGGGAAAAACAAAAAGGAGAAAUAGGGACAAUUGUAGAAGAUAUCAAGAAGUGGAGUGAACAAUUCCCUCAAUGGAGUUUCAGCUGGAUUGCUAGAGCUGGAAACGGAGCAGCACACUUGAUUGCCCAGCUAAAGUCUCAGCGCAACCUUCCCCCAAACUGGAUCUGGUCUCCACCUUAA